AGUAUGUGCGCUAUAAUAUAGUUCAUGCAGUAAACAGAUGUAUGUAUAUGUACGUCCAACAAAUGUACACUCAUCGUAAAUGUCACCCACACUUUUGUUAAUUGAAAUAGUGUUAUGUGGUGAUUGUUAAAUUGCUGCGCGGCUUAAUUUAUGCCGUAAAGCUUUUAACUUCGACAUGAUUUGCCAAAAUAAACGUAAAAAUUCGUGACAUGGUGUAUUUUUAUCAGCUUUUGCUAUACAAUUUUUGUUAUAUUUGUUAGAAAUCAAAAUCUUUUUAUUUCAUGAAAAUUAGAGUUAGAUGUGAGGAGCAAUAAUUGUUAUAUAUAAGAUGGGCUCAGUUAUAAACAUUCUAUUUUCUCAUUGUCGAAGUAAUAUUUAUAUGAUAAUUGGAAUGUGCAUUGGUCUUAGUAUCAGUUUAUUAUUUGCUCCAAUAGAAAUUAAUGAUUGUUCUGAUGUAGAAGAAUCUUUGCCAUAUCCCGUAAGUAACAAUGAACUUGUUGACGAGUAUGAACCAAGGAUAAAUAUUGCAGCAAAGCCACUAAAACCUCAAAAGGUCCCCAAAGUAUUUGUACGUCCACGAUACUAUUCAACAGAGCUGGGAAUUAGAGAAAAACUAUUUGUUGGUGUGUUAACCAAUCCAGAAUAUCUUUAUAAUAGAGCAGUUGCUAUCAAUAAAACUGUUGCACAUUUGGUUAAUAAAGUUCGCUAUUUCAUAACUAUAUCUGAAGGAACUAAGCCAAAUAUAUCAUUACCAGGCAUUGUUGGUUUCACAGACACUAGAUCAAUUUUGCAACCAUUCCAUACUUUGAAAUACAUCACUGAUAAUUAUUUGGAAGACUAUGAUUAUUACUUUUUGAUUAAAGAUACUAGCUAUAUCAAUGCUAGAAAAUUAGUUAGUAUAGUUAAAAAAAUUAGUGUAAGUCAAGAUGUUCAUCUUGGAGUAACCAGUGAUGAUAAUACCCAUUGCUCUCUAGAUGGUGGUAUUUUGUUAAGUAAUUCAAUUAUCAAACAAUUAAAGAACAACUUAGACUGGUGCGUCAAAUCUACCUUCUCUUCAUCUGAUGAUGUGAACUUUGGACGUUGCAUUGUACAUUCUUCAUCAAUUUCAUGUUCAAAUCAAGCUCAAAAACAAGUAUUUACUUCAACAAAGUUGAAUGUUACUUUCAGCUAUGAAAAAGAUUUUGAAGAAGUAUCCAAUCAAGAAAAUUUUAAUAAUUCAACUACAGUUUAUCCAAUAUAUGAUCAUUCAUCAAUUUAUCAAUUGAAUGUAUAUUUUGCUAAAGUUCAUUUAGCGCAAGUGGAAAAGGAAAUUGAAACUUUACGUAAAGAAAUGGUGAAAACAGCUAAAUUUACUCCUAAAGGUGAGGAAGACCUUAGCUGGCCUAUUGGUAAUCAACCACCAUAUAAAGCAACGAAUCGUUUUGAUGUCUUGAGAUGGACUUAUUUUAAUAUGACUCAUGCUUUUCUUGAUAAUGAUUUUAAUACUGUCAGAGAGUUAGAUGAUGAAGAAAAAGAGGAUAUUGUUGAAAUUUUAAAUAAAUCAAUUGAAGAUAUUGUAAAGGAUUCUAAUGGAUUGUUGAAAUUUAAAAGUUUAGUUAAUGGAUAUUGGAAGUUUGAUGCAUCUAGAGGUUUAGACUACAUACUAGAUCUUAGUUUUAUAUCUGAAUCAGGAAAAGAAGUUGAAAAGCGGAUAGAAAUUUGUAAACCAUUAGGAAAAGUUGAAAUAUUGCCUGUUCCAUAUGUAACAGAAAAUUCAAGAAUUAAUAUGAUUUUGAUAAUUGAUUCACAGAAGAUAGAAGAAACCUUGAAAUUUUUAGCAUAUUAUGCAGAUACAUGCAUGAAUAAAAAGGAUAAAAUUAUGCUUACUAUGGUAUUAUUGUAUAAUCCUGGAUAUUUAUCUAAAGGAAGUGAAGAUAUAUUUUAUAAAAUAAAACAACGUGCCUUAUUUUUAACGGAAAAAUAUAAAAAAGAUCUGCUAAAAGUAACAUGGCUAUCUAUUAGAUUGCCUACUAUUUAUAGUUUUAUAGAAAUUGAACCUUUAUUGAAGAUAGCUAUUGCUGACUUGUAUGUUAAAAAAUUCUCUUCUGACAAUUUGAUGCUCUUUGCUGAUACUAGAAUGGAAUUGAAAUCCGAGUUUCUCAAUAGAGUCAGAAUGAAUACUAUCAGUCAGUGGCAAGUUUUUAGUCCAAUACCAUUUGUACAGUAUCACCCAGACGUAAUUCGAUACAAUGAAAAUAAACACGUAGAAUUUGAUAUUAUUCAACAGCAUGGACGUUACGACGAACACAACUACGACUUUGUUUCAUUUUAUACGAAAGAUUAUUUAACAGUGCGAAAAUCUAUCGAAAAUCUAGUACCGUCAGUACGAACCGACAAAGACAUCGCAAGUAUUAUAAAGUUAUCACAAACGGUCUCCAUUGGCUCAAUUUUCGAAAUGUUUGUUGCCUUCAGCAAUUUUAAUGCAUUUCGCGCUGUCGAACCUGCUUUAAAGCUCAAAUACAGAGAUUUAAAUUGUAUUGGCACAAGGAAUAACAUCACUCUUGAUACAUGUAUUAAGCAAAGAAAUCUCCAACUGGGAACUCGUAGUCAGCUAACAAGAUUGAUCUUUGAUUAUAAAGAACGCCAUUAAAUGUAUUUGUUGAUCAAUUGAUUUUUCAUCACGUCAAAUUAAAUUGCGAAAAGAAAUAACGAAUUUUCCCAUUUCCUAUUGAAAUAUUUGUAACAAUAUGAGCAGGAUAUCUA